AUGAAUGUAUCAGUAUCAAUACCUAAGUCAUUCUCAGAACAAUCUUUAGAUUGCUCAACUCCUAAAUUUAAACUGGAAUCAAGAAACGUUGGGUAUACACGAGAAGUAGAUACCAAGCAGUUGGCAAUUCCGUCAUUUAGUUAUAAUAAACAGCAAUAUGCGUUAAUUAAGCAUUUAUCAAGACUAUGGAAUUUACCAUCAUCUUAUCAGACAAUUUCAUUACUAUCCAAGAAUGGAAUAAAUACAAAUGAGAUAAGGAAGACAAAUAAGGAACUAAAUGAAAAAUUAUUUGACUUAAAUGUCAUAAAACAAUCCGAUUUACCAACGAAAUUGUUCUACUUAUCUUUAAAUGUACUUUCAUCAAUAUUAGAGAAUAAUGAAUGUAUAUACUUAAUCAACGUUACCGCAGAAUCAAAUGCAAAAAGCUCGGAUAAAAAUGGAGAGGAAAAAGAAGAUAUUGAUGUUGAGAAAACUAAAAAGUCUGAAGAAGAUGACGAAAAUGAAUCACCAAUUGAGGACGAGGAAGAAGACGAAGUUGAUGAUAAUGAGAACGAUGAUGAAGAAGAAGAAGAAGAUGAUGAUGAUGACUCGGAGGAUGAUGAAGGAGAUACAUUUGAAGUGGAAAUGAAGAAAACUGAGAAGAAACAAAAAUUACAUCGCCAUAUCCAUAAACACAAAUUCGACAUGAAAUUUUUAGGUGAUGAUAAAGUUACCAUAAGUCAAGUAUUUCCUCAAUAUGGAUUAGUGGAAUCAACAAUACAACUAACUCAUGGGCUGUUCGGCUCUUUAAAUCCAUCAACAAAAUUAAAUUUUUAUAAACAAAUUCCAAAUCACGUUGGAUUCAAAUUCUUACCAAACACAAAGCUUAAUUUCGAUGAAAGAGAGUUACUUUUGAAUACAAAUAGUAUUUCCAAUAUUCAAAUGCGUGAUGAAAUGGCUGGUGGAGAUAAGAAACGUAAUUUUAGGAGACCACUUGGAAAGUCAAAGAAAAAUAAUAUUCAUCUUGAUCCAAAUACUUUAGAUUUAAGUGAAUCAGUCAUACCAGGACAAGGGUAUAUUCCUGAGUUUAACAUUAAUCAUUUGUGUAAAGUCCCAAAUUAUUAUGUUACUUCAAACAAUCAGUCUACACAACAAUCUUUCAAUACGAAAAAACUAAACACAACUUCAAAUUCGUCAUUCCUAUUCAAUGAUGGUAUUAAAAUGUCAAAAAAUAUUCAACAACUUAUUUUCAGUAAUGAUAGUGAUAAUUAUCAUCAUUCUAAGUACUACUAUACAAAAGGGUAUAGAGGACCAGGAUCUGGAAAUUAUAAAGAUGGUGCAUUAAUGAAUAAGAUUAAUAAAAUACAUACAACACAAGAUAAAAGAAGAUUUCAUAAAAGAAAAAUACUGAGUAAAGACAGAUAUAAUAAAUCUUUGAAAGGUUUGUUACAUGAUAAAUUCAAUGCCAAUUUUGUGGAGUCAUUGUUGGCUGAACAACGUAAAUACACAGAAGAUUACUCAAAUCUUGAGAUGUUACACAAUAAUUUGCAAUACAAUUUAUUAUUAAAUUCAUAUAGAAGCAUUUCGCAAGAUACCUGGAAUUGUUAUUUCAAAUUCAAAUCAUUUGAUUUCGAGCAAUAUAAUGCUUUACAAAUGGAAAAAAAUGAGAUUGAGGCAAAAAAUCUUGCAUCGGAAGAACAUAGAAAGUGGACCGAAGAUGAAAAACUUAGAGAAGAAAGAUUGAGAAUGGUCUUUGAUGAUGAAAGAUUGGCAUUUGAGAAAUUACAACAAAAAUUUAUGGAAAAACAGAAACAACUAGAAGAAAAGAAACGACGUGAACAACUAGAGCUUUCGUUUGAUGACUCAUAUGAUAAAGAAGAUGAAGAUAUGGAUAAGAAUGAAGAUUUUGAUAAUCUUAGAUUAGGUUUUGAAAAAGAAAGAAGUGACUUAGAGAAAGAAUUUAAUGAUAAAAAGAAAUCCUUUUUAAAUUCAUCAAAACUUCCACAGCCAGUAGAGACUCCUCAAUUAAAUAUUGUAUCAAGAUUUACCUCACCAGCUGCUUAUCCAGAUAUUGCAAGACAUUUACCACUUGAAUUAAGAUCUACAGUUGAUUUGAAUAAAGACGAAGUUCCUUCUAUUAAACAUCCCAUACAAUACGUUGCCACUUAUCCAAUUACUGGUAAUGAAGAGUACUUGACCAAAUUUGAGAUUGUUAAAAUUCCAAACGCUAAUUCAUUUGGAUGGGACAAUAUUAAAAAAUACAAGAGGACUUAA